AAGCUAUACAUAUAUAUAUAUUCUAUCUCUGUCUUCUGUCCUGUUUUACCAUUAAAUCUGACUUAGUGUUUCGAUUUUCUGCCAUUUAUCCUAUGGUGGCGCUCGUGAUGUUGAUUACAGCCUGAAUGCGGCAACUAGCAGUCCAUGAUUAUAUAGUCAAAGGUUGAUGCCGUUGUGUAGAACCUAACCUUGCACUAGUUAUACACGUGUAAUUUUAUUUAGUGAUCGUAUCCAUUAAAUGUUGAAUCGCCGGUACACAUAAAUCAAAAAUAUUAUUAAGUGUAUUAACACAAUGUAUAAAAGAAAUUAAAAUCACAUUGAUCAUCUCAGUUCAGUAAUUCAUCUAGAGAUAUUUCAAAAAAGUAAAGUACAUAUUUCAUAUAUAUUACAAUGACAAAUCAGCGACCAGUCUCAUGCGGGUUGGAUUUUUGCUGUGCGGUAAAUCUAAGUGAUUGUUUAGUUUACGCAAAUGACUCAAAAUAUGAUUUUAUUUGUACCCCUUUGGUUCAUCCUUUAUUUAAAAGAGAAUUUGUUUCUGGACCUGCCAAAAAUCGUCCAGGACCAUUUACCAGGCCUGACAUAAUUUUAUCCAGUUCAGAUUGGAAUAAUUUAAUAAUUGGGAAGUUUUCACCACUUAUCAAUGUUGAUUCGGCCAAUCCAGUCAUUAGAAGAAAUAGCGAGGAAGCUUUGAGUCAAGAAUUAAGCUUAGCUAGCCACUUCGGUUUGUCAGGGGUGACUUUCAAAUUAAGAUGCGGAAUAAAUAAAAAUAUAAAUCUUGCAAGGAUUAUCUCCGAUAAAAUAAGUAAUAACAACUGUAUCUUUCAGGUAUGGGUGCAAGUUCCUAUGGAGAAUUCAAUUAGGCAAUCCUAUUCGUACAGAACAGAGGAUUGUCCAGUAGAAGAGAAUCCAUGGGAAUGGUGGAAUUCCUUUAGAGUAAUAUGUGAUUAUAAUAAAAGAUUAGGAGUUGCAUUAAUUGUCAGUCAUGAUUUGCCUGAAGAGGAAGAGAUUGAUAGGUGGCUUGGAGAACCAGUGAGAUGUUUGAUUUUGCCGACAACAUUAUUUCUAACAAAUAAAAAGGGAUACCCAGUACUAAGUAAAGCACAUCAAGCAUUGGUAAAGAAAUUUGCUGUGUUAGAAGUGCAAUUCAUUUUGACAGGCGCAUCACGUUACCAAAGCAUUAGCUAUUAUCAUAAUUAUCUUGACUACCUGUGGAAGGGAUGCCAAGGUGAUGGAACAGUGGAAAAAUUCGCUCGAGGUUAUGAGGACUAUCUGCAGUGUCCGUUACAGCCGUUGAUGGAUAAUCUUGAAUCUCAAACUUAUGAAAUAUUUGAGAAGGAUCCCGUGAAGUAUCGAGAAUAUCAGAGUGCUAUAUACGAAGCUAUUAAAACAAUAACAUCCAAGAUAAAAGAAGAACAGAGACCAAUAGUCAUUAUGGUGGUUGGUGCUGGAAGAGGACCACUUGUAACCGCAUCGCUGAAUGCUGCGGAAAUGGCCUACUGGGAAGUAAAGAUAUAUGCAGUGGAAAAAAAUUCUAAUGCCGUGAUAACUUUACAGGCCCUUCAAAGAGAUAUGUGGAAAGAGAAAGUUACAGUGGUAUCGUGCGAUAUGAGAGAAUGGAGUCCCCCAGAAAAAGCUGAUAUUAUUGUAUCUGAAUUACUUGGGUCUUUCGGUGAUAACGAGCUGUCUCCAGAAUGUCUGGAUAAUGUCCUUAAGUUCUUAAAAGAUGAUGGAAUUAACAUACCACAAUCGUACACUUCAUACAUAGCUCCUAUGCAAUCCUCUAAACUGUACAAUGAAGUGAGGCAGCUUCGAGAUAAAGAUAAACAUCCACUGGCUCACUUUGAGACUCCAUAUGUAGUACAUCUUCAAAAUAAAUAUGAUAUAGCAAAUCCAAAACCACUUUUUACAUUUCAACAUCCGAAUACAGGUGCUGCUAUUGACAAUUCAAGAUAUGAAACCAAGGUUUUUCAAGUGGAACAGAAUUGUGUAUUACAUGGAUUUUCAGGAUACUUUACGGCAAUUUUAUAUGAAAACAUCACCUUAAGCAUAGAGCCUAGCACAUAUAGCCCAGAAAUGUUUAGUUGGUUUCCAAUCUUUUUUCCACUUAAGGAACCAAUACAGUUGAAGGCAGGGGAUGAAAUAGUGGUUCAUUUCUGGCGCCGAUGUAAUUCUAAGAAAGUGUGGUACGAAUGGUGCCUCAGCAAACCCGUCCCAGUCUCAAUCCACAAUUCAACUGGACGUUCUUCCAUUAUGGGAUUAUAAUGUAAUAACUCUGAUUAUUUCUCGUUCGCUUAAGAUUUUUCUGAUAAUGAUAUAUGAUAUAAUUAGUUUGUCACACACAAGUAUCAACUAUUAAUUAUUAGAUAGUAUAGUUAAAUUUUUCGAGAAACAUUCAGCAGCAUAGUAUUGCAUAUACGAAUAUUUUUUUGUAUUUUUGCAUUAAUUUCAUCUGAUACUUGUAAGUUUGAUCAUCACCAUAUAAAUGAGAUUAGAAUUAAAUUUCAUAUAGAACUUGAUGUAAUGUAGAAUUUCUGGACACAUACAGACAUACAUACAUAGACAUAUGUGUUUCUGAAUGACGUAGGUUUCUGAAACAAAUGUUUCUUCGUUUGUUUUAUUUGCGUUUAGAAGGUAUCGAGGAUCAGGUAAUAACCGUUAACAAUGCAAAAUGAUAAAAAAUAGGGGGGAAUAUAUUCACAUUGAAAAUACGAUAUGUGAAUAUUUUCUUCAUUGCAAAUGGUUUUUUAUGCAUUGUAAUUGUGGAUCUUAGUAUGACAUUGAUAUCUGAGGUCAUUGAGAUAUUCAAUGAGGUCACUGAUAUAGCAUAUGGUAGAAUUUUGAUAACAUGUAUUACGAGAUGUUCUGAAGUGUGCUAUUACUAUCUUCUUAAACUCACGUGAUUUGAAAAACAUUGUCUAAAUGCUACAUAUUGUAAGAUCGGUAUUAAAUCAAAUAUUGUCUGUAUAAUAGUAAUAUUGAAACAUAUAUAUGUACUUUGAAUUUUUACUUAUAUUGACAAAAAAAUGACUCUUAAAAUCUUUUAUACAAAUACCUCUGAUUCAUUUAGCUGAAGACAUUAUUAUUAUUCUAUCAAAUUAUUAUGUGUGUAAGCCAAGUAACACUAUUAUAUGUAUAGUUAAAGCCCAAGACAGAACAAAAGAUACGUAUAUACAUAUAUAUCUGCGGGUGUAACAAUAUUAUUAGCAAUUCAUGGGAUCAACAUGAAGGACCAAACGAAAAAUGUUGCUGCUUAUAACUUAAAACACAGUCCUUAAAUUCAAUAUUCUGAUUCAAUUCUAAUGUACGGAAUCAAAGUAAUAAUCUCUCUCUUUCCCAAAUAAGUUACAAACUAUAUAUUAAGUAAUGAAAGAGAAUUAUAUGCUAAAUGAAGGGUAAUACUUUAGGUAAAGAAUCUAUAAUGAAAUGAAAGCUGUCGAUCGAGCGUAAUUAUGCAAAGAAAAUUUCAACUUUAUAUCACUUUUUUAUUGUAAGAUGUACGUCUGAGAAUAACAUGGUCUAAUAUACGAAGUCUGGCUGCAUUAAA